AUGGCUAAGCUCACAGGCCAAGACGUCGCUCAGCACAAUAACAAAGACUCGUGUUGGGUCAUUGUGCAUGGCAAGGCAUAUGAUGUCACUGAAUUCUUGCCGGAACACCCCGGCGGCCAGAAAAUAAUCCUGAAAUAUGCUGGCAAAGAUGCUACCGAAGAAUUCGAACCGAUUCACCCUCCCGACACCCUCGACAAGUACCUCGAUGCAUCCAAGCACCUGGGUCCAGUCGACAUGUCGACCGUGGAACAUGACGAGAAGGUCAAAGACCCCCUUGAGAUUGAGCGCGAAGAGCGCGUGAAGCGCAUGCCUGCGCUAGCUCAAUGCUACAAUUUAUUGGAUUUCGAGUCCGUUGCUAGACAGGUUAUGAAGAAUACGGCUUGGGCGUAUUAUUCGAGCGGUGCCGAUGAUGAGAUUACAAUGCGAGAAAACCACACGGCAUUCCACAAAGUCUGGUUCCGUCCCCGUAUCCUCGUCGACGUUGAAAAGGUCGACUUUUCGACUACAAUGCUCGGAACAAAAACCUCCGUCCCUUUCUACGUUACUGCCACCGCACUCGGAAAACUUGGUCAUCCGGAGGGUGAGGUUGUGCUCACAAAGGCCGCUCACGGCCACGAUGUCAUCCAGAUGAUCCCGACUCUGGCCUCAUGUUCCUUUGACGAGAUUGUCGACGCACGCAAAGGCGAGCAAGUACAAUGGCUGCAGUUGUAUGUCAACAAGGACAGAUCAAUCACAAAGCGAAUCGUCGAGCAUGCCGAGAAACGGGGUUGCAAAGCACUCUUCAUCACAGUUGAUGCGCCGCAAUUGGGUCGACGAGAGAAGGAUAUGCGUGUCAAGUUUUCCGAUACGGGCUCCAACGUGCAGGCGUCUGGCGGCGAUAACAUUGAUCGAUCACAGGGCGCUGCACGCGCAAUUUCCUCAUUCAUUGACCCCAGUCUCUCAUGGAAGGAUAUCCCCUGGUUCAAAUCCAUCACCAAGAUGCCCAUCAUCCUCAAAGGCGUGCAGUGCGUGGAGGACGUGCUCCGCGCCGUCGAAGCCGGCGUCGAGGGCGUCGUUCUCUCCAACCACGGCGGCCGACAACUCGAUUUCGCGCGUUCGGGCAUCGAAGUUCUCGCAGAAGUCAUGCCCAUCCUCCGCGAACGCGGCUGGGAAAACAAAAUCGAAAUCUUCAUUGAUGGCGGCAUCCGUCGCGGAACGGAUAUCAUCAAAGCUCUCUGCCUCGGCGCAAAGGGUGUUGGUAUUGGUCGUCCCUUCUUGUACGCCAUGUCCACAUAUGGUCAAGAAGGUGUUGAGCGCGCAUUCCAGCUGCUCAAGGACGAAUUGGAGAUGAAUAUGCGAUUAAUUGGUGCGGCUACGGUUGAAGAUUUGAAUCCUAGUAUGUUAGAUACGAGAGGGUUGGUGGGUGGGCAUUAUGCUGCGCCUUCGGAUACGUUAGGACUGAAUGUGUAUGAUCCUUUGGUGUCGCCGCGGUUUGCUGAGAAGUCGAAGCUUUAG